AUGGCGGACGAUCUCCGACGUCUUAUAAAGAAAGAACGAAUUCUAUGGAACCUGCUGGAAAGUUUGGACGAUUUUCUGGAAGAGUACGAAGCUGUUCAGGAUCAAGAUAUUGAUUUGGAAAAUGAAGAUGCCGAUGACGAGGCACGUGCGAUCAAGAAGGAAACCAGAAGAAAGGAAAAUGCGAAGGUGUUCAAGGAGUUCGUGAAUAGAUCCCUGAUACAUGAUAACGAACUGCUGAAUCAAAUGGACAAGUUCAAUUACCUCCGUACGUCGUUGAGAGAUGAUGCGCUUCUCCAGAUCAACCAAAUUCAGGUAUCAGCGAUCAAUUACAACCUUGCCUGGAGCGUCUUGGAAUCGAAGUAUGAAAACCACAAGUUGAUAGCCCAGGAGCACAUGAAGGCGCUACUUGCAGCACCUGCUAUGCAAAUUGAAAGUUUUGAAGGAUUGAAUGCACUGUUAACGACUUUCAAAACUAACCUUCAGCAGUUAGAGAAAUUGGGCCUGAGGACGAGCGAUUGGAGCACGCUGCUGGCGUUCAUGUUAUCACAGAAGUUGGACACAGAAACGUACCGUCUCUGGGAAACUCAUCACGCUUCUAAAGACGUGCCUUCCUUCGAAGCUAUGGCAGAGUUCCUAGAAAACCUGUGUUCGAUUCUCCAGUCAACGGCCAGUCGGAAUAUAUUUGAAAAUCAGUGGAAUUCGAGGAUUGUUCGCGUAGUUCCUGUUCGAAGUGUGGACAACGCCAUCACUACCAUCUGCAUCCAUAUUCUCCGUAUCAAAAUAGCCGGUCAAAUAUCCCAAGCUUCUCUCAAACCACUCGAAGACCUCAACGCGCGAAUAGUCAAACAAGAACCACCUCCCACAAACACGCCCACUGUUAGUCACCACACUACUACACUACUUAGUACACAACAGAACACCCAUACUGCUAUUCUAUCGACAGCCAUUGUCAAGCUGGCCGAUAGCAACGGAAACACUGUCUCAGCUCGUGCAUUAUUGGACAAUGGGUCCCAAAUCUGUUUAAUGACCGAGGAUUUAUCGAAAAAGCUGAACUUCGUACGUUUUCGAGAAAGUCUUCCCGUGAAAGGUGUUGGAGGUUGUACAAAUGUUUCGAAAGAGUCGGUCCUGGCUCGUGUUUUGUCUUGUACAUCCCCGUUUACUACCGCUGAGAGAAAAUUCUAUGUGCUACCGCAAAUCACGUUGGAUUUGCCCCAAAGUAGCAUCAAUGUCAGUACCUGGAAACUGCCGCCGUCUAUCAGUCUUGCAGAUCCUGAAUUCAACCAAUCGAGCCCUGUUGAUAUUGUGAUAGGAGUGUCUUUGUUUUACGAUGUGUUGUUACCGAACCAGAUGAAGAUUGAUGAUGCCGGCCUAAUGCUACAAAACACUCGUCUUGGAUGGAUCGUCGCAGGAGAGCUACCGGAAACACCAAUU